AUGAAGAAUCCUCGUCUCUCGUCCCUCUUGUUCCUGGCCGCAACCUCUCUCGGAAGCGGCAGUGCCUUGAUACGAGGCUCAAACAAUGAUCGCAAACCGAAGAACCCGUCCACGGAACCGCUCAACACACCCGCUGCUACAAGAAGUGCCAGUAGCACUGGUUUGAAGGCUCGUCAAUUGCAGUCUUGCAGUGAAGAUGAUACAUUCUUUGUCAUCCUGAGUUGCGAGAAUGUUUGUGGCGUGAAUGGUCUCGAAUUCAAAGCCGAACGUUUUUCCGGUGUGUCGUACCUACAGGACGCAUGGCUUGAUCUCUUGCCGUGGGCGCUUGCAAAUGGUUCCUUUUCCAUGGAUCAAGCUUCCAACAUCAUUGCAGCGGGUUUGCACGGUUGGCCCUUUGAAGAAUGGUGUGUCACCCGCGUCGAUGACUUCUCGUCGGUCUUUCGUGAUCUCUUUUACAGUUUCAAUGUGCCAUUUGACUAUUCCAGUUGGGAUGUAUCCAAUGCCACCAGCUUUGAAGGGCUGUUUCAGGGAUUGGAGACAUUCAACCAGAAUCUGUGCAGUUGGGGGCUCCUGGACUACCAACAAGGCAUUCCAUCCACAAAAGACAUGUUCGUAGGCACAGCUUGCCCCACGACAGAGGAUCCUGACUUCAACGCAGUUCCAGCCGGUCCAUUUUGCCAUCCAUGUGCAUAA